AUGGAGGCAUUCUUGCAAACCCAGGCCAAGUUCAAAGAGGCCAAGAGUCUGACCAAGAUCCCCGCCAUUUCGAACAAGAACUACCAACGCCAUGGCACGAAGUCCUAUGUCCACUUGCUGAACAAGUACAAGUUCGAACCCACGAAGGCCGGCCCGUAUGUCCAAACCAAGAGGAUGGCCCAGAGAGGCCUCGCCGCCCCGGGCUUCAAUGCCGCAGUUGGCGGCCGCGUUUCGAUGACCAAAGUCUUGACCAAGAAGACCGACUCGGAUGAGCAGAGCGGAGACGUGACGGCCGAGGACCAGCAGUACGACUCUAUGUAUCUCUGCGAGGUGACCAUUGGAACGCCACCUCAGAAAUUCAAGCUGGACUUUGAUACCGGCUCUUCUGAUCUCUGGGUGUUUUCAACCGAGCUCAGUAGCUCCCUUCAAACCAACCACAACAUUUACGACCCCUCCAAGUCCUCCACGUUCAAGAAGCUCGACGACCUCAGCUGGAAGAUCUCCUACGGCGACGGCAGCUCCGCAUCAGGCGAUGUCGGCACAGACAACCUCGUCCUGGGCGGCCUGACGGUCGAAAACCAGGCCAUCGAGCUGGCGAAGCAGCUCGCGCCGCAAUUCUCCCAGGGCACGGGCGACGGUCUCCUCGGGCUCGCCUUCAGCACCAUCAACACGGUCCAGCGCGAGGGCAACUUCCGUGACCCGCAGAAGACCCCCGUCGACAACAUGAUCGCGCAGAAGGACAUCCCCCAGGGCGCGGAGCUGUUCACGUCCGCCUUCUACAGCGAGAGAGACGGCGGCAGUCCUCGGUCGUUCUUCACGUUCGGGUGGAUCGACACGGAGCUGGUCGAGGCCUCGGGCGAGGAGAUCCACUGGGCCGAGAUCGACAACUCGCAGGGCUUCUGGAUGUUCUCGUCGGACAUGGCGAGCGUGAACGGUAAGGCUGUCGGGAAGAGCGGGAACAAGGCCAUCGCGGACACGGGGACGACGCUCGCGCUCGUCUCGGACGAGGUGUGCGAGGCGCUGUACGCCGCGAUCCCAGGCUCCAAGUACGACGAGCAGCAGCAGGGAUACGUCUUCCCCACGAGCACCAAGGCGGACGACCUGCCCGAGUUCAAGGUCGCCGUCGGGGACAAGGAGUUUGUGAUUCAGAAGGAGGACUUGGCGUUCGCGCCGGCCGGGGAGGGGUUCUGGUACGGCGGUGUCCAGUCGCGGGGGUCCAACGGGUUUGACAUCCUCGGCGACGCGUUUCUCAAGUCGAUCUACGCGAUCUGGGACCAGGGAAACACGAGAUUCGGAUGCGUUCCCAAGAUUGAGAAGACGCAGAAUCUGACGCCUCCCUCGGGCUCUUCGAAAAUGGUAGAAACGAUCAACAGGAGAUGGUAA